UAGAAAUCUAGAAUAUAUAUUCCCUCAUCCCAAAUCUAUGACAAACUCACCUGCCUGUUCACAUGUUCUUCACCAUCCAAACCUAAAUACUUCAUCUCACAACCCCACUCAGAUCUUCUUUCAUUAUUACACUCACCAGCCUCUUGCUCUUUCUAGCAAAGCUCUCUGUAAAAGGGAACCUACUCUUUCCAGAUCAGCUUUAGACUCCCUUUAUAAAGGUUUCCCCUGCAAAUCUCUUGGCUUCACACUCCCCCAUCUCACAAAAUGUCUAUCUUCUACUGAGUUCAUAGCCUAGGUACCUAGCCUGAGUCUCAGUUUCCAAUCUUUAGUUUUUCUCCAUUUUUAUCAAAGAAUGAGACUUGCCAUCUUAUUCAUUGUCUUCCUAUUCCUCUCAUGGCUAAAUUUCAGGGGCUGGGCUUCCAGUAGUAGGGACACUUAUGUUAGAGAUGCAUGUAGUGUGACCAGGUAUCAGAAUCUCUGUAUCCAUUCACUAGCUUCAUUUUCACGAAUAGCUAGAAGAAGUCCUAGCAAGUGGGCUCGGGCUGGGGUCUCGGUCACAAUAGGUGAGGCUAAAAACGCUAGUCAAUACCUCAACAAAUUGAAGAAAAACAGACUCGUCAAAGGCAACAGAAACAGAAUUGCCCUGUCAGAUUGCAUUGAGAACUUCCAGGACACAAUUGACAAUCUUCACAAAUCGCUUGGUGUACUCAGGAAACUUGACGCCACCAGCUUCGAUACUCAAAUGGGAGAUAUAAUUACAUGGAUGAGUGCUGCACUUACUGAUGAAGACACUUGUCUGGAUGGUUUUGAGGAGCAAAACACUCGCACACAAGUUAUACAAGUCCUUCAGAACAGAGUCACAAGAGUCACCUAUAUUACCAGCAACGCUCUGGCUCUUGUCAACAAACUUGCAUCUACUGGUUUGGGAAGCUCUACCAAUUAAUCCUAAUUUAAUACCAGAUCCUAAUAUUAUUGGAAUAAUUAAGCCAGCCCAAUAUCUUCCAGUUGUGUAUGUUCUGUUCUUAUGUGAAUCCAUAAGCCUUUGCAGUAAUAGUACUUGUUUAUUAUUAAAGUUUCA